AAUCGAAUCUGUUAACUCCAAUUUUUUCGAAAAGGUUCAUGUUCCUCGGUCUCUGGUCCUUUUGAUACACAAGCAAUCAUUAUGACAAAUCUGCAGCGCUAAUAAGAAUCGAGUUCUUCUAAAUUCAGUUCACUCCCUCAGCUGUUAUUUCAUCUCUUUAACUGCAUUUUUCCUGUACAAUUCAGCUCGCAGCAAAUCAGCCAUGUCCAUGAGAAGAGGCAGACGAGGAUUACAUAAGCGUUCUUAUCACCCAAACGAUGAAAACUGGAUGCUCAAACCUAUCCAUGAUCAUAGCCAAGGUAUAGUCAACCAGCCCGACCUUGAAUCCCCAUCAUCGUCAACACCUUCCACUUCUCUGCAAAACCUCAAACCACCCAUCACGGAGGUACCCAUCUCAGAAUUCAUCCCAAACGCUCCAAGACCGUCUCGGAAUCGCAGAAACUCCAAUUGGGUAUCGCGAAAUCGGCGUUCACUUGUGGGUAAGCCCCGGUUUGUCAAGAAAUCUGAUCUCGAUUCUUUGAGCUCCAGUGAAAAGAAUAGUACUAAAGAAGAAGACGAUAGUUCUAUUGAUGGGUAUGGUUUAGCAUCAAAGACUGAUUCAAAUGGAGGCGUUACAGAAUUGAGUUCUUCGAGAUCUUGCAAAGAAGAUAAUGUACAGAUAGAGGAAGACGAGAAGUAUAUAGAUGGGCAUUCAUCGGUGGCAAACAAUGGAUUGGAUGGAGGGACACUUGAGGGAUCUGAUUCGAUUAAGGAUGUUGAUGAUAUUGCAAGCAGGUUAGGAGAGUUGAUGUUAGAGGUGAAAGAGCCCGAGUUGUCAGACGAGCAGCUUAGAAUUUGUGAUCAGUUGCAGGAGGAUGAGUUACUAGCUAUGGAGUUUAUUUAUGGGGAGAAUGUCUACAUCCUUGACCAACAGAAUGGACUACGAUCUUUUCAGAUUCAAGUACAUAUUGAAGCUCCUACGGAAUUUACCAUUUCAGCAGAGCUGAAUUCAUCUAAUAAUCUUGGGGCCAAAAUGGAUAAGUCACAGAAGUUCUCAUACUCUUUCAGUGUCCAAUAUCUUCCUCCAAUUUUGUUGACAUGUUUGUUACCUAAAUCAUACCCAAGUCAUCUCCCUCCUUAUUUUACUCUCUCUAUUCGAUGGUUGAAUUCUGUCCAAAUUUCCAAUCUUUGCUCCAUGCUGGAUUCAAUUUGGAAGGAACAAUCGGCGCAGGAGGUUAUCUAUCGGUGGGUGGAAUGGCUACAGAGUUCUUCUCUUUGUUAUCUUGGCUUUGAUCAUGAGAUAAUUCUUGGUCCAUAUGGCAUGAGGCACGCUGGAGACAGGCGUGCAAUUUCAGGAAGUGUCUCCCCAGAAGUUGAUAUUCCUUCAAUGAAGAGUUACAAUGAUGAGCAACUCUAUGAGAACUUCUGCAAAGACUUCCAUGAAUGCUGCAUUUGUUUUAGCGAGUUUGUUGGUACAGAGUUCAUUAGACUACCAUGCCAGCAUUUUUUCUGCCAGACAUGCAUGAAAACUUUUUCUGAUAUGCAUGUAAAAGAAGGCACAAUAAGCAAGCUUCUAUGCCCUGAUGCAAAAUGUGGAGGCAUGGUGCCACCUGGUUUGCUGAAAAGAUUGCUUGGUGACAAGGAGUUUGAACGUUGGGAGUCAGUGAUGUUACAAAAAACUCUGGAGUCAAUGUCUGAUGUAGCCUAUUGCCCAAGAUGCGAAACUGCCUGCAUAGAGGAUGAAGACCAUCAUGCACAAUGCUCAAAAUGCUUCUUUAGUUUUUGUACCUGUUGUAGGGAGCGACGCCAUGUCGGAGUUGCAUGUAUGACUCCAGAAAUGAAGCUCCGUAUUUUGCAGGAGCGACAGAAUUCAUCUCAACUGGAUGAUAAACAGAGGCGUCGCGAGCGUGAAUUAAUCUAUGAAUUGAAGAGUGUGGAGGCUAUACUCCGUGAUGCCAAACAAUGCCCUUCUUGUAAGAUGGCAAUCUCCCGGACUGAAGGCUGCAAUAAGAUGGUCUGUAACAAUUGUGGGCAAUAUUUCUGCUACCGCUGUAAUCAGGCUAUUGAUGGAUAUGAGCACUUCAGGGAAGGGCAGUGCGAACUUUUCCCACAGGAAAUGAUUCAGAACUGGGAGGAGCGGAUUAAUAUGCGCCAAGUGAUGGGUCAGGUUCAGGCUCAACUCUUCCCUGACCGUGGUCAUCCAUGCCCUAAUUGUGGUCAAGCCAAUGCAAAGGUCGGCAAUAACAAUCACAUCUUCUGUUGGGCAUGCCAAAAUCAUUACUGCUACUUAUGUAGAAAGAUGGUGAGGCGCAGCUCUCAGCACUAUGUUCCCAAGGGUUGCAAACAGCACACAGAAGGCUAGUUUCGGAUGACCUUGUCAACAUAUUUUAAAGGGCAAACUCAACAAUGUGGCAUUAUACUACAAAAAUGUGCCUGGCAAACAGCAGAUGAGACGACUCAUGCAGCCUUGAAAGUAAAUAAAUUCACCUCAUUCUCAUUCAGUAUAUGGAGUCUCGUGAACUAAACAGCCUUUUCUCUACUCAUACAAGUUGGAGCCUUACCAUUGGAAGGCUGCCAAUGACACUUAUCACCUUUCUGCAUAGCGUUUAGAUUUAUUAUGUAAGCGAUUCCCCGCCAACUGUAGGUGAUUUCGAGUGGCUUUUGUUUUUGCUUAGGUUUUUACGGGUUAAUACAGUGAGUUUAAAUUUCUUAUUGCCUUGGUUCCAAACUUUAGGCAGCGGGAUGUUAAUAAGUGACGAUAUUCCCUUUUUUGGUUGGUAUAAUAUCCCAAAUUUGUGUUACAAC